GGAGGAGGCGGAGGCGGCGGCAGGAAGAUGGCGGCGCUCGGGCCCCUCGCAGGCGGCGCGCAGCUCUCCGCCGGGAACCCAUCUCUCUACGAGACCUAUUACAAGCAGGUGGAUCCGGCCGGCGCUGGGAGGGUCGGUGCCAGCGAUGCCGCCCUCUUCCUCAAGAAAUCGGGUCUCGGGGAUGCCGUCCUCGGGAAAAUCUGGGAUCUGGCUGAUCCGGAGGGAAAGGGGUUCCUGGACAAGCAGGGCUUCUUCAUUGCGAUGCGCCUUGUGGCCUGUGCCCAGAGUGGCCACGAAGUCAGCCUCGGAAACCUCAGCCUGACGCUCCCACCGCCAAAGUUUCACGACAGCACCAGCCCCCUGCUGAUCUCUUCGUCGGAGGCUCACUGGGCCGUCAGGGUGGAGGAGAGAGCCAAGUUUGACGGCAUCUUCGAAAGCCUUUUGCCCCUCGGCGGCUUGCUUUCAGGAGACAAAGUGAAGCCGGUAUUGAUGAACUCCAAGCUACCUCUGGACAUCCUGGGAAGGGUGUGGGAUCUCAGCGAUAUCGACAAGGACGGGCACCUGGACAGAGAUGAGUUUGCCGUGGCGAUGCACCUGGUCUACCGCGCCCUGGAGAAGGAGCCCGUCCCGUCCGCCCUGCCCCCGUCGCUCGUGCCCCCGUCCAAGCGGAAGAAGGGCCCCCUCUUCCCCGGGGCAGUGCCGGUCCUGCCGGCCAGCCCUCCCCCCAAAGACAGCCUGCGCUCCACCCCUUCUCACGGCAGUGUCAACAGCCUCAGCAGCACGGGCAGCCUCUCGCCCAAGCACAGCCUCAAGCAAGCCCAGCCCGCCGCGACCUGGGUGGUGCCGCUGACCGACAAAGUCCGCUACGACGAGAUCUUCCUGAAGACCGACCUGGACCUGGACGGCUUCGUGAGCGGCCUGGAAGUGAAGGACAUCUUCAUGCACUCGGGGCUGUCCCAGGGCCUCCUCGCGCACAUCUGGGCGCUGGCUGACACCCGGCAGAUGGGGAAGCUGAACAAGGACCAGUUCGCUCUGGCCAUGCACCUCAUCCAGCAGAAGGUCAGCAAAGGCGUCGACCCUCCGCAGGUGCUGCUGCCAGACAUGAUCCCCCCAGCGGAAAGGAGCAUGCCCGGCCCCGGCCAGACGCUCUCAGGGUACUUGGCUUCGGUAGGAAGUGAGAUCCCGGCCCUUGCAGACAUGCGUCGUGACAGCUCGAGUUCGGUCGGAUCCGGGGAGUUCACAGGCAUGAAGGAGCUGGACGAGCUCAGCCAGGAGAUUGCUCAGCUGCAGAGAGAGAAAUAUUCCCUAGAGCAAGACGUCAGAGAGCGGGAAAUCGCCAUCCGGCAGAAAACCAACGAGGUGCAGGAGCUGCAGAACGACCUGGACCGGGAGACGAGCAGCUUGCAGGAGCUGGAGGCGCAGAAGCAGGGCGCUCAGGACCGCCUCGACGAGAUGGACCAGCAGAAGUCCAAACUGAAGGACAUGCUGAGCGACGUCCGGCAGAAGUGCCACGAGGAGGCCCAGGUGAUCUCGUCGUUAAAAAUGCAGAUUCAGUCCCAGGAAUCGGACCUGAAAUCCCAGGAAGACGACAUCAGCCGGGCGAAGACCGACCUGAACCGGCUGCAGCAGGAAGAGUCCCAGCUGGAGCAGAGCAUCCAGGCUGGCAAGGUGCAGCUGGAGACCAUCAUCAAGUCUCUGAAAUCCACCCAGGAAGAAAUCCACCAGGCGAGGAGCAAGCUCUCGCGGCUGCAGGAGAGCCACCAGGACGCCAGCCGGAGCAUCGAACAGUUCAACGAAGCCUUGAACGGGGGCGUGCAGGGCGGCAGCAUGACCAACCUGGCCGACCUGAACGAGGGGAGCUCCCAGAAGGACCGGGCGGGGGGCUUCGGGGCCUUGGAUGACCCCUUCAAGAGCAGAGCCCUGCUGUUCAGCACCAGCGCCCAGGAGCUGCCUGUGGACCCCUUCCAGGCGGAGGACCCCUUCCGAGGGGCGGACCCCUUCAAAGGCAGCGACCCGUUUCUGAACGACCCCUUUGCUGAGCAGCCCUCGGCCGUAGCCGCCGCUGCCGCCGCCACUGCCGCUGCCACAGACCCCUUUGGAGCUGACCCGUUCAAAGAGAGCGACCCGUUCCGGCCUCCUGCGCCCGAGGAUUUCUUCAAGAAGGCUGAGAGAAGCGACCCGUUCACGUCGGACCCGUUCUCGCAGAACCCUCCGCUGCCCUCCAAGCCGAAUGCCUUUGAGCCCAGCGAUCCGUUCCUGUCGUUGAGUGUCCCUGCUUCCAAAGGGCCAGAUCCUUUUGGGACGUUCGACGCCUUUGGCAGCAGCGCCUUCAGUAGCUGCAGCAGCGAAGGAUUUGCAGACUUCAGCCGGAUGUCAAAGCCUCCAGUUUCGGACCCGUUCUCCUCCUCCUCCUCCUCCUCCUCCUUUGGAGGGGCUGGUUUCCCAGAGGACCCUUUUAAGAGCAAAGCAGGCACUCCGGCCCUCCCGCCGAAGCGAGGCGUGCCUCCGCGGCCCAAGCCUUCCGCUGGUAAAAGUCCUCCCGUAAGCCAGGCGGGGUCUUCUGAUUUUGCCAAGCCCCCCGACCCGUUUCAGCCGUUUGGGGCUGACUGCAGUGACCCCUUUCAGAGUAAAAGGGGGUUUGGGGACCUAUUUAGCGGAAGAGACCUGUUUGCUCCUCCCUCUUCAAGUAAACCUCCUAAAGACUCUUCCUUGGGCUUGGCCAACGUCGGCUCUCUUGGGAAUGAGGAGCAGCAGCUGGCCUGGGCAAAGCGGGAGAGCACCAGAGCCGAGCAGGAGCGGCUGGCCCGCCUACGCAGACAGGAGCAGGAAGACCUGGAGCUGGCCAUCGCCCUCAGCAAGGCCCACAUGCCGGCAUCCUAGAAGCCCGGGCGGCCCGCCCUGCGCAGCUGAAGCCCGGGGCCUGUCGGGGGGGACGGCGCCCUUUCUCCGUCUGUGCCGCUCAAGUAAGUCGUCCCGCCUGACGGGGCCGGCCAGGCGGCCGGCGAGGAACCAGAGCCGCUGGGGGGGGGGCCCUCCGCCACCUGUGCUCAAAGCACCUUGCCAGGCGGACUUCCUGGGCUGGCGGAAGCGAGGGCCCCGCGGCCGGCGUGCCCUGCCACGGGGGCAGUGGAGGGGCGGCCCAGCGCCAUCUCCCCCCGCCGCCCGGCUCCCCGUGCCCCUUCUCUGCCAAGAACUGUAGCCUAAACGGAGCUGCCGCCGGGACUCCCUCCCGGCCCGGAGAAAGUCGCGCGACGUCCAUAAAGUGAUCGCUUUGCUUUCA